AUGGCCCUCAAGGCCGAGGGCGCCGCGCUCGACUGUUUUGAGGUGACGCUCAAGUGUGAGGAAGGGGAGGACGAGGCGGAAGCCACAGUGGUAGCCGUAAUUCCGCGACCCGAGCCCAUGCUCAGAGUGGCCCAGCAGGAGAAGACCCCGCUGCCUAGGCCCAGCCUGCUGGAGGCAGGCAGCGAUGGCUGUGAGGAGCCCAAGCAACAGAUGUCUUGGGAGCAGGAGUUCCUGGUGGGAAAUAGCCCAGGAGGCAGUGGGCGGGCACUGUGCAUGGUGUGCGGUGCUGAGAUCCGUUGCCCCUCAGCCGACACAGCCCGCACACACAUCCUUGAGCAGCAUCCCCACACCCUGGACCUGAGUCCAUCCGAGAAGAGCAACAUCCUGGAGGCCUGGAGUGAGGGGGUGGCCCUUUUGCAAGAUGUCCGAGUUGAGCAGCCAUCCCCACCUAGCUCAGACUCAGGCCGGGAUGUGGAUCCAGACCCAGACCCUGAUCUGGACCCUUCCAGGAUGCCAGCUGAGAUCGUUGUCCUCCUCGACUCUGAGGACAGCACAGCCCUCCCAGCCCUCCCGAGAAGGACCCGGCCCAGGGGACUCCGCCCUCUCGAGCUUCCUGCUGCCCCUGCCACAGAACCAGCAAGUAAGAAGCCCCGUGGUCAGAGAUGGAAGGAGUCCCCUGGUGAAGAGCCUGUCAGAAAGAAAAAAGGCAGAUCUAUGACCAAAACCCUGGACCCUGACCCAGACCCCCCAUCAUCACCUGACUCACCCAUGGAGACUUUCGCAGCCCCAGCCGAGGUCCGGCACUUCACCGAUGGCAGCUUUCCUCCUGGCUUUGUCCUCCAGCUCUUCUCCCACACCCAGCUCAGGGCCUCUGAGAGCAAGGAUUUGCCCAAAGAGGGGAACACGGCAAAGGGAGGCCUUGGCCAGCUGGAAAGCCCCUCUCCAGCUCCACCUCCGGGGCUCCGUGGGACGCUGGACCUGCAGGUUAUCCGCGUGCGGAUGGAGGAACCACCAGCCGUCAGCUUCCUGCAGGACUGGUCCAAGCACCCCCCCGGCACCAAGGGUGUGGGAGCAGGUGACACCCGGAAUUGGCCGGCAGUCCUGUCAGAAUCCAGCACCCCUGUCGGGGGGGAGCCUGAGGCAGGGAGUGGUGUGUAA